CCCAUAGGCAACUCGGUAAGGGAGAAACUUCAAGAAAGGAUAAAUGACAUCACGCAUACGUUGCCGGACGAUUUGAAGGGGAUUUUGAAUCACGAAUCCUGACAUUACAAGUAUUGCAUCAAGACUUGUUAAAUGUUAUUUCUACUCACGAACAAUCGAGGAUCGUCUCGAUGCGUCGACGAAGUUAGAUUGAAAAUAUAUUUCGAAAAAUUGCUCUCUUUGUUAAUGAACAAUAAUGAAGAAAAACGUAGGGGAAUAAUUGUGUCGAUGUUCUUUGCAGAAGAUAACUCAUAUUUUUUACUUUAAUUUUCGCAUUCGAAUACUCAAGAGUGGGCACUCUUUCAUGGAUCUUUUUGGACAUGCGACACAAUACAAAGAGUCAAUAAUGGUGCGUGAACCGUUUAAUAGGUGCGAAAGACUUACGAAGCUCGCGUUAGUAUUCCUAUACCGAUAAAACGUUAGGCGCGUUUACCGCAAUAUCAAUUAUUUUUCCGUAAACGAUUACGUCGUUUUCUAAUAUUUUAUAAGUCAUACAUAUGUUAUAUAAUCGAAUUUCUUCCUGUCAUCGUUCGUUCGACUAAUUUUUAAUCACUUUGGACUCUUUCUUUUUGAAUGUCCAAGAGGAAUAUUUUUUAUCCCGCAAAUUAUAAUGGAUUCUAAUCGUAUGUAAAUGUAACAGAAAAGAGAGAAUGCUAACUGCUACAUUGUACAUAUGCGUUUAACUUAAGAUCUGUAUAUACUGGCAUAAAUGAAUGUAAUAAAGAUUUAUUUUAAUAAUAUUCUUGUUACCUUUUUAUAAUUACCUCUGUUAUCGAUGCUAGAAGUGAAUCUAAUUUCUACACAAGACACAGAGUGGAAAGCGCGCGAAUUAAUAAACCGGAAAUCGUGUUUUUAUUCUUUUGUCUGUUAAAACUACAAUUUGAUUUUGAUUGGCCACGUGACGAGUGCAGUAAUAUCUUUCCUUCUCGCCUAGUGGAAGUUCUGCCAAUCCGGUCGAGCCGUCCUUCAAACCAGUACCCCUUCUUUUUCGUCAACCGUUGAGCCGAACUAGCUCGAGCAAGUUGAACUGAACAACUGAGCGUGCUGUUUCGUAUUCGUGCGUGCUAAACCGACCGUUAGUGUGAAUGACUGAAUUUCGAGUUUCACCUGGGUAUUCCGUUCCAAAAUCGAUUAAAAAUAAUCAUUUAUUUAUCAGCUUUUACAAAUUAUCAUCAAAGAGUUAAAAGGUACGUGUUAAGGAUUUAUAAUCGUCUGUUUAAGGAGGUAAGAUUUGAAUCGCGCUUUCCGUUGUGCAAACGCUUUGCACUACACAAUAUUUCUGUCACAUUUCAGUUCUCUGGAAAUUUUCAACUCAGUCUUCUCGAUUGUUAUCUUGCGGAAACAAAGUCAAGUUUGUCUAUUCGAGGCAGAAACACGUGUAGGAACUACGUGCAGUACAAGUCGAUGGACAAUACUUUGGAUUCGAUCAGACCAUCGACGUUCGAGGAAAAUCCAGAAAAUGAAGUAUCCUACUUAUUUGGGAGAGAUCCGAGUAUACUGGCUUAUGGACAGAGGCCUUGUAUCUCGAAGGAGACUAAGAAAAAUUUACUCUCCGUCUACGAAGAAGAGGAGAGUGAAUAUUCGGAGGGAGGUUCGUCCUCGAUCCAACAAGAGACUGUUAAGGUUUAUUUAAGAAUGAAACCUUUUCCAAAGAAACUUAAAUUGAAACAAGAUGAACUCGAUGCAUAUACGAUCACCGACUCAAAUACUUUGUUGACCAGACUGCCUAGCUUAGAUAAUAACACAAGCUGCAUAAAGAAGUCGAAUCACUCUAAUAUUAUAUGCCGAAAGUUCAUGUUCACGCAAACCUUCGGGCCAGAGACCACGCAGCUAGAAUUGUUCGAGCAAGCUGUGAAGCCGAAAGUAUUAGACUUUUUAAGCGGACAAAAUUGUACUAUAAUGACUUAUGGAACGACGAAUUCGGGCAAAUCUUACACUUUGCAAGGGACCACCACGUCGCCUGGAAUUAUACCCAGAUGUUUAGAAUUUGUAUUUACGAACGUUACACCGAAGUCCAGCCCUUCUUAUAGACCCAUCAAUCACUGCGACGUUUCCAUGUUAGAUCCCUUAGAACGUGCCCAAGAAUUGGAAAUGAAAAACAAAUUAUUAACGUUUGCAUCGGUGGAUAAAUAUCAACAUAUAAGUGCUUACAAAGAAAUGCAAACUUUGUUGCAAAAUGAGUCGCCCAUCAGGCCUAGCGAAUGCGUCGACGCGCAUUAUUCAGUCUGGGUCUCGUUCGCUGAAAUUUACAAUGAAAUAGUAUAUGAUCUUUUGUCCAACGAAUGCCAGAAGAAAAGAACACCGCUUAAACUGGCAACGGACAAUCAUGGAAGAACGUUUAUCAAAGGUUUGAAGACUGUUUGCGUGAAUUCUGGCUCGGAGGCCUACCAGAUUUUAAUGGCUGGCCAAUAUAAUUUAAAAGUGGCCGCAACUGCACUGAACGCAAGGAGCUCGAGAUCCCACUGCAUAUUUAGCAUAAAAUUGUUGAAGUAUUACGGUGAGAACGAUCCUGGCUCGGUGGAAGUUAGCACGUUCACAUUUUGCGAUCUGGCUGGAUCAGAACGGCUUAAGAAGACGUUGAACAUCGGGGACCGAUUGAAAGAGGCGCAGAACAUUAAUUCAAGUUUAUUAGUAUUGGGAAGGUGUUUAAAAAUGAUUCACGAGGGUCAGUUGUCGAAACAGAAAUUAGAACAUAUCGGUCCGUUUAGAGAAUCGAAAUUGACGAGACUGUUUCAAAGGGCAUUGUCCGGCAAAGAGCCGAUAGUUCUGAUAGUGAACAUCAACCCGUUGCCAAACUUAUACGUGGAGACGCAAAACGUCCUCAAUUUCUCUGCUAUCGCAAAGAACAUAGUUAUAGAAAAAGAGAAAUCGCGUAGGAAGAAGAGAUCAACGUUUUCACAGAUAGUUACGCAGAGCAUAAAAACGAUAACUGAUUGGGACGCUACAGACUUGGAAGAACAUCAAGAGAAAGACAUAACUGAUUAUAUUUGUAGCGAGAAUUACGAGGAGCUGCUCAACGAGAACGAGAGAUUGAGAAAAGAAGUCGCCUCUUUGAAGAGUUCUGCGUUAAUGCGCGAUCUCGAAAUACGACAGGAGAUAGCUGAUUCUUAUACGGCUAUUAUGACUUCGAUCGAGACUCAAUUCAAGGAACGAAUAAAGCAUGUAGAAGAACAACAGGAGGAUAUGUUUCAGUUGUCUAUAAAACAGGUCGAAGAUUUUUAUAAACAGAAAUUAGAUCAAGUCAGCUUUAACCGUAAGAGAAGAUGUUCUUCUAUUUCUGAGGGUGCGAACAGUACCUCUGAGCAACUCCAAGAAAUGGAGAUGGAGAACUCUCAAUUGAAGUCUCGAAUGACAGUCCUGACAGGCAGGUUGACUGAACUCAGAGAAACGAACCAGAACCUGAUGGUUGAAAGAAAUAAAGUUACUUUCGAGCUUAGUUUGACGAAGGAAGAACUGAAAAAUGUUAAGGCCCUCUUGAAUGCAGCUCAGCAAGACAUAUGUUCCGAUGAUGACGUGACACAUUAUGUAGAAGGAUUAAAGACCCAAUUGUUCGAGAAGCAGGAACAAAUUAAGAAACUGAAAACCUUUUUGAACGAGGCAAAAGACGAUUAUAUUGCCAUUACUACAGACGUGUCUGAAAAGGAAUACAUAAUUAAGAAGCAGAAAGAAGAGCUACUGGAACAAGAAGACAAUAUAAAUAGUUUAGAGGAAGAGGUCGAUGAUCUUAAUGAAUAUCUAACAGAAAAAAGUAAAAUCGCUGAUCAGCUGGAAGAGAAACUGGAAACUCAGACUCAGCAGUUGAUCGACCAAGAAAGUAAAUUGCAUGAUAUGGAAAAUAAAAUAACUAUAUUGCAAAAUGAAAAGUUAUUAUUACUGGAUGAAAUUAAGUUGCUUAAAGAAACCGUUAAUGCUCCUGAUGUCACUGAUGCUCAUGGUGCCGAUGUCCCUUCAGAGGUCAAUGCAGAUACGUCAAUAAAAGAAGAACAACUUUCCAGUUGUGAAGUAAAAAUAAACGAGACCUCGACCGAGGAUAAAGAUACACAAACGGAACUCGAAAAAGAAGAAGAUCGAGUAAAUGAGGAAAUGAUCGCGCUAAAGGAAGAGAAUGAAACGUUGAAAGAAAAGUUAGUUUGGAGUACAACCGAAGUGCAGAGCGUAAAAAAAGAACUGGAAUCAACUAAAGUUAAAUUGAGUGAUAUAUCUGAACAAGUACAGGCACAAUUAAGGAAUACUGAUUCCGCAAAAGUUUCUUUGGAAACUAAGAUCAGUGAGUACGAACAGAAACUUGAGGAGACGGAACAACAACUCUCGGUCAUUAAGAAUGAUCACGAUCAAUGCACGGAAAAAUUGAAAACCGUACAAGCAGAGCUCGAUACUCAAAUCUCAAAGUGUUUGGACGAGCAUGUCACGGAAUCGCAACGUAAUCUCGAGAAGAUAACAGAGUUAGAAGAGAAGAUUAAUGAACUCAAUAAGCAAUUAGAAGCCUGCGAAGUUGAGAAGAAGGAGUUACAGAUUUCUUUGGACGAUAACAACGAGAGACUUUUAGAUUUAGAAGAUCAUCUGGAUCGCGCAGUCAAAAAAGAGCAGGAGAAAGAUUGGGAGAUAAAGUUCCUUCAGAACGAAAUGAAGAAUUUGAUACAAAGAAACGGGACUGACGACCAAAGCGACAAAUUAAUGGAACAGGGGUUGAAAAAAGCAAUUAAAGAUCUGGCAGAAACGAGAGAUAUGCUGUCAGAGAAAGAAGCAUAUAUCAAGCAGUUAGAAGAGCGUAGGGAACAGAAGGACAAAAUAUUCGAUCUGCUUCAACAGGGUGCUCAGGAAAGACAAACCGAAGUCGACAGAUUGAGAGCUGUGAACGAAGAGUUAAAGAGCAGCUUAAUCGAGAAAGAGCGUGAGAUGGAGGCGUUCUUGAAGAACAGAGACGAAAUGGUAUCCAAGUACGAGAGUUUGGUGAAAGACCAACAGGAAAAGUUGGAAAAGCAGAAGGUCGAAUUAACGAAAUCCUCGAAGGACAGAGACUACGGCGAAAACUCUGAGGAAGAGGCAGGCCAUAAGGAACGUCGGAUGAGACGGCCUCCGAAAAGAUUUACACCUUCUUCACCGAAACAACACGAGGUUAUCGAUCUCUCGGAUUCAGAUUCGAAGCGAAGUGUCAAACGCACUAAUUUACCACCACCAGACACUUCGGAAAAGAAGAAAAGUAGCCGUAGAAAGAAAUUGUAUACGGCUGAAGAAUCUUUUCAAGAUCUCGAACCGAUCGAGACGGUCACCAUUGAUCAGACACCGUCGGCGAGCCGGAAUUUGAGAAGUAGACGUAAAUAGUAAAACAGUACAGAUAUAAUUAUAUGCAUUUCUUUGUAAGCAUUUAUAUGUUGAUAUUUGUCCAUCGAUGCAAAUGUUAACAAUUUGUUUUUCAUUUCCAAUUCCUGGGCACGUUUUAAGGGAUCUAACGUGCAAACGUCGCAGUGAUUGAUGGGUCUGUAAGAAGAGCUGAAGUUCGGUGUAACGUUUUGUAAAUACAAAUUCUAAACAUCUCGGUAUAAUUCCAGGCGAUGUGUACUGUUUCACUAUUUCCGUCUUUUUAUCAGAUGUCUACAAUGUUAAUGGAAACGAAUAAUAGUAAAGACAAUAAUGUAAAUAGUAGAGAGAUAGGUAAGAAAUUAUUUAACCGGUGCGAGAUAUAUGCUUUCUGUGAUCUAUCUGUGAUACUUUUUUUUAUAAAAUGUUAUCUUAGGAAGCACGAAAUCCAUGUAUAUCUCCGGACUGAAAUUAUUUAUGUACAGUACACUUACAUGUAAUAUAAGUACAGUAUUAGGACAAUGUAGAAUUGUUCAAUUAAAAUAAUGUACACUUAGCUAUUACGAAAUAUAUAUUUUUUUAA